AUGUCUUCGGUCGAGGCAACAAAGCCACAUUUCAGCUGGCGAAAUUUUCUCGUGUGUUUUCUGGUCUCAAUCGGUGUCAUUGGUUUCGGAUAUCCCUCAGCAAUGAUUGCCCCCAUGCUUGCCAAAACCUCAUUCCUCGAAUUCACUGGCCUCGGAGACGAAAAGGGCAUACACAAGAGCAAAACGUCGCUCGUAGGAGCUCUCGGAGGAAUCUUUCAGGCUGGUGCCGUCUUCGGCGUGAUAUUGAGCACACAAAUCACAGACCGUUAUGGAAGAAAGGCGGCCAUGUUAUACUGCAUCUUUUGGUCCAUCGUUGGCGGUAUCGGCAUCACGGCCGCUCCGAACCUAGCCACGAUCCUUGUGUUUCGCUUCUUCUCGGGGAUGGGUAGCUGGGGAUUUCUGACCGUGGCUCCCACAUACACGGCCGAGCUCUCGAUCCCUGCUUACCGAGGACUGACCGCUGGUAUGUGUGGCGUGAUGCUGGGGUUGGGCUACGCGACUGCCUCAUAUUUCGGCCUGGCCUUUCGUUAUACAGACAAUCGAACCGCGCAGUGGCGCGGCCCAGCCGGCCUGAGUCUCGUCUGGCCGAUGAUUUCCUUGAUUACUCUACCUUUCAUUCCCGAGUCGCCACGAUUCCUUUUGAUGAAGGACAGAGUUGAUGAAGCAUGGAGGACAGUCUCUCAACUUCAUUCCCCCGAAGACGGCUCAGAUCAGACGUACGCUCGAGAAGAGUUUUACCAGAUGAAGAUGCAAGCACAACAUGAUCAGAAACAAGACGGAAGCUGGAGAGCCCUAUUCUCCAAAGCGUACAGAAAACGCGUGAUCAUAGGCUGUGGGCUUUCAUUUCUAGGUCAGAGCACAGCUGUUCUCGUUAUCCAGAACUAUGCCCCCAUUUUCUAUGCGGCGCUGGGCUUCAAUUCGAAGCAGCAGAUGAUCAUCCAGUCCGGAAGGGAUUCUAUUGCAUUUGUAGGCAAUCUGGUGGGUGCGUUUCUGUUGGACCGCCUAGGACGGCGACUGAUGUUGCUUAUUGGACUGGCUGGUUGUGUUGUCUGUGUCGCCAUCAACUCGGCAAUGGUCGCAGAGUACAGCGGAACCGAUAAUGCCGCGGGUUUGGGAGUCGGCAUUGCAGCCCUCUUCGUUUACUUGUGCUUCUAUGCUAGCUGCUACGACGCACCCCUCCUUGUGGUUCUUGGAGAGAUAUUCCCCAACCACGUUCGAGCAAAAGGGGUCGCGCUGUCAAUUGCCACUGUUGCCGCCAGCGAUAUCCUCUACCUACAGGUAGCUCCAUAUGCGUUUGCGGCCGUUGGGUGGAAGUUCUUUCUGCUCUUCAUCUGUGUCUCGGCAGUUGGCUGGAUCUGGUUGUACUUUCAAUUUCCCGAAACCAAAGGGGUGCCUUUGGAAGAGAUGGCAGACCUCUUCGGAGACAAAAAGGAGGUCGUGGUGCAUCGUGCUGACAUUCAUCUCGACAAAUUCACGCCAAAUCUCUCGACUCCGAAACAAGACAGUCCGGAUGGUACCUGCCCCAGCGAGCUCGAGAAAGGAGAAACUUCAAACUUUCAUGUUGAAUGUGUUAGCUCGCUCAAGGAUCAUUGA